AUGGCGACCACCAGUGAGACAAAUGCAGGGUCCAACCUUCAGGUGGACUUUGUCAUCCAAUACAGCUUUGGGGAUGUCGACCAGCCAAACGCGAUUGAACAGCUUCAGAAGUUGCUACAGACCCUUGCCGGGGUCGGCCUGCAAACCGAAGUUCGACAAGGCGACGAAGCCUCCUUGCUCAUCUUUGUGCGAGCUUCCAAGAAUCAGCUGAAGCGGGCGGUGUACCGAUCGCGAGUCCGCGACUGGCUGUAUGGAAUCCGUCAUGCCGAGCCCGAACCUGCCGAUGCGAUCGAUCCCGACAACGAGACCGAGGCCGAGCGACUACGGGUCAUCAACCACAUGAUAACCCUCCCCACUCACGAAGGAGGUGCUGGUAUCACCCCGCAACAUGGGGAAUGGAAGAACGUCAUGGCCGUGUUCCCGCUGCACGAUCAGGAGACAAAUGGCCAAUGGAUGCGCGAGUGGAGCCAGAAGACCUUUCUCUCGGAAGACGACUUGGAUCAGAUUCGCAAUAAAUUCGGAGAAAGCGUCGGCUUUUACUUCUCUUUCCUCCAGGCAUACUUUCGCUUCCUUAUCUUCCCCGCAGUCUUUGGUUUCGGGUGCUGGUUUCUCUUGGGCGGCUACUCCAUCAUCUACGCCAUCGUGAAUUCGCUUUGGUGCAUCAUCUUUGUCGAAUACUGGAAGCGCCAGGAGGUCGAUCUGCGCUGUCGCUGGCAGACUAAAGGCGUCUCUGCCGUCCAAACCAAGCGGCGUCAAUUCAAGCCGGAGAAGGAGGUUCGCGACGAGAGCACUGGCGAAGUUCGAGGCGUUUUCCCGGCAACCAAGCGUAUGCAAAGACAACUGCUCCAGAUCCCGUUUGCACUACUUGCUGCAACUGCUCUGGGUGUCAUCAUUGCGACUUGCUUCGCGAUCGAGAUCUUCAUUGCCGAGCUGUACAAUGGACCCUUGAAGUCAUAUUUGGUUUUCAUUCCAACAAUUCUCGUCUCUGCACUGGUUCCCACGAUGAGUGCCGUUCUAGUCUCCAUUGCGACCAAACUCAAUGACUACGAGAACCACGAGACGAAUGAUGCAUAUGAUAUUGCAUUGACCCAAAAGGUCUUUGUUAUUAACUUUAUAACCUCCUAUCUACCAGUCUUCUUGACAGCCUUUGUAUACGUGCCCUUUGCCAGCCGCAUUGUCCCUUACCUGGAUGUCUUCCGUUUGACCGUACGGCCCUUCGUGUCUAAGGAGCAUUCCAAUGCUAAGAGAUCAAAUUUCCAAAUCGACCCUGCCAGACUUCGAAACCAGGUGAUCUAUUUCACAGUGACCGCUCAGAUCGUCGGGCUUGCCAUGGAGACUAUCGUUCCCUACAUCAAGCAACAUGCCUUCCGAAAGUACAAGGCCUACAACAAGAAGCGCAACGGCAAGGCCGAAGGCAACGGCGAGAAGGAUUCCCCGGAGAGGCCGUUGCAUGUAGUCUUCGACGACCCAGCGGAAGAAGUGAAGUUUCUCACCCGGGUUCGCAACGAAGUUGAGCUGCCUGAGUACGAAGUCACCGACGAUUUGCGUGAGAUGUGCAUCCAGUUCGGUUACUUGGCGCUUUUUUCCCCCGUCUGGCCCUUGGUCCCCUGUUCAUUUUUUGCCAACAAUUGGGUGGAACUCCGAUCGGACUUUUUCAAGAUCUGUAAUGAGUUCCGCCGCCCCACGCCGCUCCGAUCUGACACCAUUGGACCUUGGCUUGAUACCCUCGGCUUUCUCUCUUGGACCGGCAGCAUUACCAGCGCUGCUCUCGUCUACAUGUUCAGUGGGAACGCGCAACAGGGUCCCAACGGGGAACCCACGGAUAUCAAAGGAUGGACACUGCUUCUCUCCAUCUUCUUCUCUGAGCAUCUAUAUCUGGCGAUUCAGUAUGUCGUUCAGGUUUCCAUGAUCAAGCUCGAGCCAACGAAUGCUCGUAAGGAGCGCGCUGAACGGUAUCUUAUGCGCAAGCGAUAUCUGGAAUCCACACUGAGUGCGCAGAAUGAUGACGAGACUCCUGCAAACGCCUUUGAAGUGCCCGGAUUGUCGCGUGCUGCCCUUGAGGAGGAGGCUCGGCAGUCUACCUUGCAAGAGACGGAUCCUGCUGAGCGCUUCUGGAUGCGUCAACAAGGCUGGAAGGAGUCUGCCCAGGUCGGCACUGGUAUAAUUCAAGCCCAGACCUCAGGAACCACCAAAAAGCAGCAAUGA